GAAACACCCACUAAAACCUCGAAGUGCAUUUCAUUUAGCAGAGAGAGAGAGAGAGAGGGGGGCACAAGAGAGCCCGCCUGCCCCCACCAGCCCGCUCUGCUAGUCUUGCUUACCCUCCGAAGGGAGGCGUCCUGAAUGCUGGCUCCUUAAAUCCAACCUUCCCUUCUGACCGAGGACCGCUGGACUUGGAAGGAACUCUCCUGCUCUCAAUUUCCACAUUGAUUAGUCAACAGUGGAAAAUCUGAAGAGAUGCGAGCAGGAAAAAGAAACUGAACCAGGCCUGAAGAGCGAUGCGACAGGCAUGAUGGAGGUCGAGUCCUCCUACUCGGACUUCAUCUCCUGCGACCGGACGGGCCGCCGGAAUGCGGUCCCCGACAUCCAGGGAGACUCCGAGGCCGUGAGUGUGCGGAAGCUGGCUGGCGACAUGGGCGAGCUGGCCCUCGAGGGCACAGAAGGACAGGCAGAGGUGGGCACCUCGGACAAGGAAGCCAGCAGCCAGCCUGAGAGCAGCGAUGGCACCACCUCAUCCUGAACACGACCUUGCCCGAGGAGGCUGGAAGGGAGACUUGCCGUGGACCUGGAGCCCUGGCAAUGACCCAGCAGCCUCUCCUGUGAGCGGUGUGUUCCAGGCAAGCAGGGCCAGACUGAAAGGCGGGCCCAGGGGCUCCCACGGCCCCCACCCUGGGAAGGCCCUCUGCCCGCACCCCCAGGCUCCACGCCCCCGCCACCUCCCCCCUGCACCUGGGUACACUUUCAAGACACUGUAACCACAAGGAUGUAAUUUAUUCAGGGGGCGCUGGGACUCAGAGACUGGGUCCUGGCUCCAGGGGUGAGUGGCCUGGGCGGGGACCACGUCCCAGCUCAGCCCACUGUCUCCAGCCUUUCCAGCCUUCUGAGUCAGGACACCUUCUUACCCCGUUUUUUAAAAAGCACUUUUAAACUUUUUAGAAACUUUCAACCUUUUCUCAGCAGAGAAGGGAGGGAGCUGACAAUUUUUUUUUUUUGGAAGCCAUUGUAAGCUAAACUCUUGAACCAUCUAUGCAGCUCUGAGGUUCCCUCCUGGAGCUUCACAGAUCCAUUUUUAGGGAAGGGAUUUUUGUGCUCAAAACCAUCUUGAUUAACUCUCUGCCCUUUCUACCAAGAUAAGUGAUACCUAGGACCCAGGAAAUAAAUGCUGACGAUUUGUGUGA